AUGGUUCGGCUCGACCGGAGUGAUCGGCGUGAAACAACCCAUAGCGUUGUGUUUCGCCGUGUGAGUGAGGCUACCGGAGGCCCAAUCCCGCCCCUUCCCCUAUCCCUUCCCGAUCCUUAUAUCCGCAACCCCUAUCCCCAAAAGGCCGGCAACGCACUCGUAACUCCUUUGGUGUUGCGGGUGUCCAUGGGUGGCGCCGAUUGCUUACCAUCAGAUCCUUAUGGUGCUUACCGACCACCCUUUGGUGAGGCGACGACCAAGCCAAGACCAUCUGGCAGCGAGGACGAACUAACCUACACCUUACUAUAA